AUCUAGUUUGAAAGCACCCAAAAAGCAWACAAAGUUUAAAGAGUACCCUUUCCGUUUCUUUCAAAUUAAAAUUAAAAUCAUCAUGGCGGAUGAAUACACGGAAGAGCAAAUCGCUGAAUUCAAGGAGGCCUUCUCUCUUUUCGAUAAGGAYGGCGACGGUAAGUGAUUUUUUGUUGCUCCMGAAAUGAAUGAUCUUGUUCCAAAAAGCAAGUUAAUGUACAGAAGGAAAGAACUGUCCCAACCGUUCGCUUCGCCGAUCGUUUGKGUUGCGUUGAAAACCGUAUAUGUGAUUGCUAAACCUCGUUUAUGGUUUCGUUCCUUGCCRAUUGUAGGAACUAUUGAUAACGACGAGCUUGGUACAGUCUUGAGAUCCUUAGGACUUCAACCAACAGAAGAAGAGGUCGAAGAUAUGAUUCGCGAGGUAAGAAACAUCUACUUGCCGCUUCAUAUUUCUGUUCGAAACCCGAGGAACAAUUCUUGUACCCAUUUUUAAUUCUAGAUUUGGUAACCAUUGAACUCGGCGCUAAAAAAAUCUUCGGUUAACGUUGUGUGUUUAAACACUUAUCGAAAUUUUUGUGGGCUGCUGAAACCGAUUAUUCGUUCAGGCUGAUAAAGACGGGAACGGAACGAUCGACUUCAUGGAAUUUGUUGAGAUGAUGCCUUCGCUAGAACGAGACGACAAUGCCGAAGAGGAAAUGCUUGAAGCGUUUCGGGUCUUCGACACCGAUGGCAAUGGAUCGAUUUCCGCCGAAGAGUUGAGACAAAUAUUUAUCAAUUUAGGAGAGAAACUAACUGAUGAAGAGAUUUCAGACAUGAUUAAUGAAGCGGAUAAAGACGGGGACGGUGAAAUUGAUUACAAAGAGUUUGUCAGUAUGAUGUUCAGCGGCUAGAGAACGAUUGGCACUUUGCUUUGGUGGGAAAAUAUGGAUUCUAUCUGUUAUCGACAUCGCUAAACGUUG